AUGAGUACUAAUAGGAGAGAUGAAAUUGAUACAAAUCUAUAUAGUCGCCAAAUAGGUACAUUAGGUCUUGAGGCAAUGGGAAAACUAAUAAAACUACGCGUAUUGAUUGUGGGGCUUCGUGGGCUCGGCGUUGAAAUAGCAAAAAAUAUUAUAUUGGCAGGACCAAAGUCGGUAACCCUUGUGGAUGAUGAGAUAUGUAGUUUUUCUGAUAUGGGCGCAAACUUUUAUAUCACGGAAGAUGACGUAAAAAAAGGAACCAGACGGUCGGACGCAUGCUUAAACAAGUUGGCAUCUCUAAAUGAAUAUGUUCAAGUUAUCGUAUUUCAUGGACAAAUUACAAACCAACUGAUUUUUAAUCAUGACUUGAUUGUUUGUGCAGACGUACCACUAUCACAACAGAUAAAAUACAAUGAAGUCUGUAGGGGCCAUACUCCAAAUAUUGGGUUUAUUUCUGCAAAUUGUCUAGGGCUUUGUGGCUCCAUUUUUGUCGAUUUCGGAGACUCUUUUAAUGUAUUUGAUGGAAAUGGUGAAGAACCAAAAAGCGCUAUUAUUUCAAAAAUUUCAAGGGGCAAAGAAACAACAUCCAUAACAUGUUUAGCUGAGAAACUUCUCCCAUUUCAAGAAGGCGACUAUGUAAUGUUUAGAGAAGUACAAGGUAUGACAGAGCUAAAUGGGACGGGUCCACACAAGAUAAUCUCAGCAGGGAAACAUCAAUUUACAGUCAAAUUAGAUUCUAGUAUGUUUAAAGAGUAUGAAAGAGAGGGAAUAGUUACUCAGGUAAAGGUUCCCAUGAAUUAUAGCUUCCGGAGUUUAAAAGAUGCACUCGAAUAUCCUAUUUGUGAUGAACAGGGGAUUUUGAUCGUUCCAGAUCUAAAUAAAUUUGGCAGAUCUGAACAACUGUUCUUCUCUAUCAACUCGGUGCUUAAAUACUCUGAUAUUAAAGGUUCUCGCCCAGAACAUACUGAUCUGCAAGCCAUUAAUGAGUGUCACACCAUUGCGGAGAAUAUGAAUGAGAAUUCGAAGAGAAAGCUGGACUCAAAUGAUGAGAAAAAGGAAUUUGUUGUUUCAGUUGAUAGUAUCGAUAAGGACGUACUUGAAAAGGUUUGUAAAUAUUCCAGAUGUUGUUUAUCUCCAAUGGCUGCUUUUUUGGGUGGAAUUGCUGCUCAAGAAAUUGUUAAAUUCGUUGGAAAAUAUACUCCAUUACGCCAGUUCUUUUUCUUCGAUGCAUUUGAACAAUUAGAUUUAGUUUCAAAUGAAGUUCAUACAAAAGAAGAGUUUAUGCCAAUAGGGAGUAGGUAUGACGACCAAAUAAUUAUAUUUGGUAGGAACUUUCAGAAUAAAUUAUCUGAAAAAAAUGUGUUUAUAGUAGGUGCAGGUGCAUUAGGUUGUGAAUUCUUAAAAAGUAUGGCACUAUUAGGUGUUGGAUGUGGACCAAAUGGAACUGUCACAAUCACGGAUAUGGAUAAUAUUGAGGUUUCGAACCUGAACCGCCAGUUCCUAUUUAGACAAGAACAUGUGGGAUCGCCGAAGAGUGCUAUUGCUGCUCAAGUUAUAAGGACAAUAAAUAAGGAUAUAAAUAUUGUUUCACUUCAAACCCGUGUCGGUACAGAAACUGAAGAUAUUUUCGAUGAUUUAUUCUGGAACAAAACAGAUUUUGUUAUCAAUGCGCUUGAUAAUGUUCCUUCAAGGAUGUAUAUCAAUGAUCGUUGCUUGUGGUACGAAAAACCACUAUUAGAAAGUGGUACAUUGGGAACUAAGGCUAAUAGUGAAACUUACCUCCCACACAAAACCCAAUCUUAUUCUGAUAAUCGUGAUCCUGCGGAAGAGAGCAUCCCUCUAUGCACUUUAAAACACUUCCCUCAUGCAAUAGAACAUACAAUUGAGUGGGCUCGUGAUGCGUUUCAGGGAGUUUUUACAUCAGAUCCUCAAGAAGUCGUUACGUUCCUUAACAAUCCGUCUGAAUAUAUACAAAAUCUAAGACAAAGAGGAAAUCCUCAUGUUAUCCUCGAAAAAUCUCAGAAAAUAUUUGAGCUAAUUAACUGGAUCUCCGAAAAAACUCCUACACAUGAAGAUUGUAUUCAGAGAGCGAUAUACUUGUUUCAUGACUACUUUUAUUGUCAAAUUAAACAACUUUUAGCCAACUUUCCACCUGAUCACGUCAAUAGUGAUGGAUUUCCUUUUUGGUCUGGGCCAAAAAGAUGUCCAAAGCCCAUAAAACUAAACAUAGAGGAUAAAUUGCAUUUUGAUUUUAUCUUUUCAGCUUCAAACCUUUAUUCAAGUAUGGUCAGAUUGCCAGAAAUAUCUGACUCUUCACUUGUUUUUAGAAUUGCAAAUGAAACAAUUCUUCCGGAGUUCAACGCUAAAACUGCAUUAAUCAAAAUUGAUGAAGAUGAAAGUGCAUCGAACAAUGAAAAUGGCAGUUCAAAUCCGGUAUUAUUGGAUACAAGUAUCGCUGAAGAAUAUACGCAUAAAUUGCUUUCCGUUACGGAAAAUCAAAUUAAAAGAUGUUUAGAUUUCGUACAACCAAUUGAAUUUGAAAAAGAUGAUGACUCAAAUUUCCACGUAGAUUUUAUCAAUUCUUGUGCAAACUUGAGAGCUAGAAACUACUCGAUCAAAGAGUGUGAUAGACAUAAAUGUAAGAUGAUUGCAGGGCGUAUAAUACCUGCCAUGGCAACAACCACGGCAAUGGUAACUGGACUUGUUUCAUUUGAAGCGCUAAAGGUAUCUUCAGCCAGUGAUUACAAAAUAGAGCUCUUCAAGAAUUCAUUUAUUAAUCUUUCUCUUCCAUUAUUUGUAAUUACGGAGCCCUUACCUGCUCCAAAAACUACUUCAAAGGAUUUCGAUCCGAUAGUAGAAGGCCCAUUAAAGGUAAGACCAGAAGGAUUUACAGCAUGGGAUAAACUGGUUAUUGAACAAAGAAAUGGCACCAUUCAAGAUGUAAUCGACUUUCUAACAAAUCAAAUGAAUCUUGAGACCCAAAUUAUCUCGUUUGGAAACAUUUGUCUUUACAACGCAUACAUGCCAAAUCAUCAGGAAAGAAAAUGUAUUCCCGUUGUUUCACUCAUAGAACAGAUUACUAAGAAAAAACUACAUAUUACAAAAAAUAGUAUUGCGUUAGAAGUUAGCUGUUGUGAUAUCGACGAUGGGGUUGACACAAUCAUUCCUUCAAUCAAAUUCAUUUUCAAAUAA